UCCAAAUCACCUGAACCUCGUAAAUCAUUUGUACAUGGUACGCGAACGUUACCAGCAGAAACACAUCAUUCACGAAGAAAAACAUCGUCACAAAUUUUCUAAGUAAAACUAUAGAUAGGUAUCUAUGUGGCGUGAAAAAAAUCAAUUUUAUCAGAGCUACACUCAUUAGUAGCUUUCAAAAAUCACAUCUAACAUGUUGUUGAUCGCCUUAUUGUUGUUUUGUAAAGUAAUUGAUGAUAUGUAUCUGAAGAAUCUCCGUGAAAAUCCCGAACUACACGAGAAAAUCAUGGACGAUAUGUUACACGUAGAAGAGGCAUUAAAACAAGGUAAAAUUUUUGAGGCGAAUACAGCAACUUUACCAGAUGAAGAGACGUCUGGCAGGCUUCCACCUUUAGUUCCACUCGAAUUUCCGCCAGAUUUUUACCAGAAACAGGGCAAAAGGAUAAUAGAAGCUGUUGAAGCGAAAAUGGGUAAGUUUUUUGGAACCUCGAAUGUGAACAAGUUGAAAAAUUUCGAUAGCGCUGAAGGAAUGCUGGAAUAUGUUAAGAAUAUGGAUUUCAACAAUAGUGUGGUCAAUUUUAUCGUGCAUAAGUGUAUCGAGUACAUGAAACCAGCGGAUAACCUCCUCAUAAAAGGGAUCACCGAUAAGAAAGAAUGUAAAAAAACGUGUAAACAAUCUUUGAGCACAUCUAUCGCCUUCGCGCAUCGAAUAUUUCAGAGUAUGAUCUCUCAAGCCACCGAUGAGGAUAUACGAUUUAGGAUAUACCAAGAUCCUAAGAAAUGUUACGAGUACUCGUUUGAUAAAGAACAAAACAAGCAUUCGUGUAAAUGUGUCGAUAAAGGACAUCAGGUCAAAGUGAGCCCCAGAUUAUUGGAAAUCAUAAAUAACAAGCUCUUCAAUCCGCAAGGUACUGAUUUUGCUACACAACUAGAAAACGAGGAACCCACUGAAAAUCUCGAAAGUAUUGGAAGUUUUCUUAGUCUGCGAAAAAUGGGAAAUGUGCUUUCAUAUUUUAGCGGAUUAUCCUCCAGUUCGAAGUCUAGAUGGUAUGGCGGAGGCUACAACGGCGGUUACGGCGGUUAUGGGGGGCAAGAUUCCACCGACUUCUGGACCAAACAACUAAUCAUAAACAUUCUCAUAUUUUUUUUUUGUCAUUGUUUGUGGUAUUUCCAUCUUGCGUAUCUAAUUCUUAUUAUUCUAUUUUAA